AUGGAGAGCGCAGCGGCCCGCGAGGCCCGAGGGGCCGAGGCCCCGCGCCAGCCCGCGCCCUCGCCCGCGCCCUCCGAGCCCCCCGCUGCGCCCCGCGCCCGCCCGCGCCUCGUCUUCCGCACGCAGCUGGCUCAUGGCAGCCCCACAGGCAAGAUCGAGGGUUUCACCAACGUCCGAGAGCUCUACGCCAAGAUCGCCGAGGCCUUCGGGAUCGCGCCCACCGAGAUCUUAUUCUGCACCCUGAACAGCCACAAAGUGGACAUGCAGAAGCUCCUGGGCGGCCAGAUAGGGCUGGAGGACUUCAUCUUCGCGCACGUGCGCGGCGAGACCAAGGAGGUGGAGGUCACGAAGACGGAGGAUGCGCUGGGGCUGACGAUCACGGACAACGGGGCGGGCUACGCCUUCAUCAAGAGGAUCAAGGAGGGCAGCAUCAUCAACAGGAUCGAAGCCGUGUGUGUGGGCGACAGCAUCGAGGCCAUCAACGACCACUCCAUCGUCGGCUGCCGCCACUACGAGGUCGCCAAGAUGCUCCGUGAGCUGCCCAAGGCCCAGCCCUUCACCCUGCGCCUGGUGCAGCCCAAGAGAGCCUUCGACAUGAUCAGCCAGAGGAGCCGGAGCAGCAAAUGCCCCGUGGAAGCAAAAGUGACCAGCGGGCGGGAGACCCUGCGGCUUCGUUCUGGGGGGGCUGCCACAGUAGAGGAAGUGCCCAGUGAAUUUGAGGAGGAGGCUUCUCGGAAGGUGGAUGACCUACUGGAGAGUUACAUGGGCAUUCGGGACCCAGAGCUGGCGUCCACCAUGGUGGAGACGUCCAAGAAGACAGUGAGCGUUCAGGAGUUUGCACGCCGUUUAGACUCCGUCUUGGGCGAGUUCGCCUUCCCGGACGAGUUUGUGGUGGAGGUGUGGGCCGCCAUCGGGGAGGCCAGGGAGGCCUGUGGCUAA